AUGAAAAGUGCUGAUUUUGAAUAUUUAAUAAAUCAAAUAGGCCAUAAAAUAGGCAAAAAGACGACUCCAUUUAGAGAUCCAAUUCCUGUACGAGAAAGGUUAGCCGUUACACUCAGAUUUUUGGCAAGCGGAGAUUCUUACCGAAGUUUGAGUUAUAUAGUCACAUUUUCGACUCAAAGUAUAUCUGUGAUUGUGCCAAAAGUUUGUAACGCGCUCAUUGCCUGUUUGAGUGACAAAAUAAAAAUGCCAAAACUUCAGGAGGAAUGGCUACAAGUUGCAAAUGAUUUCAACAGGAUGUGGAAUUAUCCCCAUUGUUGUGGGAGUAUCGAUGGAAAACAUAUAUGUUUACAAGCUCCAAUAAACACUGGCAGUGACUACUUCAAUUAUAAAGGAUUUUUUAGCAUAGUGCUUUUAUCUAUAGUAGGUGCUAAAUACUCUUUCACGUUUGUGAGUGUGGGAUGCCAAGGGCGUUUGUCUGAUGGUGGAGUUUUCACGAACACGACAUUUAAGCAAUGA